ACCUUUGCACACGCAGGUGGCAUAUGUUAUUACAUACUAUUCUUCUCCCUCCUUCAUUACAGUAUAUUGUCAUCAGCACAUUUCACAAUUGUCCAUCUCCUCUUCUCUCUUCUCUUCUCUGAAAAGCGCAGACACACACAGACACACACUAUUACUUACACUUUCCAACCUUUUCUUUCUUUCUUUUUCUUUUCUUUAUAUCUGGGUUUCAGUCUUUAAUGGCUGCCCCACAUCUAAUUUUUCUGCUCCAUUUUAAUAAGUGGGCUGUUGAUUUUACCCUGUGGGUCUCUUUCUUUUUGGUCGGUUUGGAAUUGGAUACUCUUCCACCGGAGCAAUAAAGCUUCAGUUUUCUUCUUUCUUUUACCUUUCCUUUGUUUUGCGUGUGUUGAGUGCUUGUAAAUACCUGUCAAAGAUUGGAUUUUUGUUCUUGAGAACUUGUGUUCUGUUAGAGGGAGGCUGAAGGAAGCCUCAUUUUUCAGAAAAUAUUUUCUGGGGUUUUCUUGAUUUUGAUUGUUUUUUUGGGGGGGAGGGGGGGUGGAAAUUUUCAAUCUUGAUUGCUAUUUUCCAUGUGGGUUCGCAAGGUUUUACCUGAAAGGGUCUUGUAGUUUUAUCUUUUAUGAAUCUGGUGAAGAUAUAAUUGAGGGACUGUGACUUUAAGUACUGAGAACUAAAGCUUGUUGAAGAAUAUCUCAGCACAUUUGAAGGCGAGGUUGGUUGAUCAACAAUCUUUCAAGGUGCUGACAGAUCCCAGAAUAAGAGUUUGAAUUUUCCUUGUGGUUUAACAAACUUUCCGGUGAUAAUUGUUUCGUUUAAGGGAAAAAUCAAGUUGCCAUUGCCCUAAGCACGUUGGAUGCUUGUUUGGUAAGAGCAAAUAAAGUCAAAAAGUUGAUUCCUUGCGAAACAGAGAGGGCUACAGUGACUUGGGACAACAUUCUUUCCUGGAUUCUUGAGGAAGUAUAUUUGGCUGCAUGUUGUAUCAAGUUUCAGCCUUCCUGGUGGCUGAAGCUAAACUUGCGUUAAGAGGAGGAUAAUUAGAUGAACGUGAAUCAUUGAAGCCUAGCAGUAACUUGUUAUGGCAAAGAGAAAACAAAGAUGCCCUUCACGGCAUGAGAGAGACCAGGCGGGUUGUAUAUGGGGUUUAAUUAGCAUAUUUGACUUCCGUCAUGGUCGAUCCACAAGACGCUUGCUUGCAGAUAGAAAGCGAGUGGGCAAGCAAACUGUUGGUGCUGGACAACCAAGUACUCAAACUAUUGUACCAGUUCCAACUGAAAAAUGUGAAGACAUAGUGGAUACUGAAGAGAGUAAGAUGGCUGUGGCUGAUGUUGCAAAAACAAGUGUGAAGGAACUAAUGGAAGAAGAGAUGGUCAAAGAGCAAGGCUCAACUAACCAGCCAAAUGAUUCUGAAAUGGGUUUGGAGCAAAUCAAUUCAAAAAAUGGAAAUCAUAUGAAAAAGAAUCAAAAGAGAAGAAACAGAAGUUGCAUUAAGUCUACAGAUAUGGAUGUCUCUGAGUUGGAUGCCACAGGAUGCCUGAUGCCUGAAAAGUUUAACCAUUUUCCUGAGCAAAAGCCUUCAGAGAAUCUUGAUCUGGAAAAGAUAAUGGAAGAGUUGGUCAAGAUUAAUCAGAGAAAGACGAACUGCUUGAAGCAUGAUUUUCAUGGUGAUCUUGAUAUACCAUCUGGCCAGGCUGUUGCAGUUGUUGAAGAAAAAUUAAUUGCAGCAGUGGAACAGUUGAUAGAACAGAGGCUGAGUAAGAGUAAGCGUUUUGGGGAAGAGGGGAAUUCUUGUUGCUCCAAUGAGUUCAUGGAUGCUCUGCAAACGUUAAGUCUAAACAAGGACUUGUUCUUGAAGCUACUACAGGAUCCAAACUCUGUACUGGCAAAGCACAUCCAAAAUUUAGAGGAUGCUCAGUUAAACAAAGACCAAGCACCUAGUUCAUUGCCUGCAUCCAGUUCCUCAGAAGAGAUACCAGUAAACAUAAAAUCUGAUGAACUUAGUGGCCGUAAACACAGAAACUUUUUCAGAAGAAGAAGCAAGUCUCUAGAGUGCUACCCCUCCGGAGCAGACCGGGAUUGCCAAUCACCGAAUAAAAUUGUCCUCUUGAAGCCUGGGCCAGCAGGGGCACAGAGUCCUGACACUGAUAGUGCCUUUAGCAGCAUUUCGUUGCAGUCACCCAUGGAUAAUAAAGUGCACAAUGAUAAAAGUAUGUCCCAGUUCUCUUUUACUGAAAUUAAAAGAAAACUAAGGCAUGCAAUUGGAAAGGAGAGACAAGGGAUCUCUCCGGAUAGAAUUAUCCUUCAACUGUCUCCUAAGCAGCAAAACAGGAGUAAUGAUAAAGGUGGCAUUGGAGAAAAUUUUGGCUGGAGUUCACCAAAUAGGAACCAUUUUUAUACUGAAAGAUUCAAUAAAUCUUCCCCCAGCUUUAAGAAGGGUGAACCAGUUGGUAAGCCAAAAGGCAAAGGUUCAGAUAUGGUGAAUGAAACCUACCAAUAUCCAAGAGUUGGGGGAUCUAACAUCUAUAUUGAGGCUAAAAAACAUCUCUCUGAGAUGCUGAAGAGUGGAGAAGAAAAUGUGGAGCCAAUGACAGGGCAGUUGCCCAAAUCCCUAGGUAGGAUACUUUCUUUCCCCGAGUAUAAUGGUUCCCCUUGCCGCAGCCCUAGGAAACUCGGAGAUGAUAUCUUUGUAACUGCACAGAUGAGAUUAUCCCCACGUGGCAUAGUUAAGAAUAAUGUGGGUGGGGUUUUUCAAGAAAACCAUAAUCAUCCAAGUCCAAGAAGGCAAAAUUUGGAGAGCCAACCAUGCAUAUCUAGUAGCAGCUCCGAGGACAAAGAAAGGUCUUGGAGUAGCAAUUUUAAUAUUCCACACAGUGAUGAUGAGAAAUGUUCUUCAGAAACUCAAUCCUUCCACCAAGACACUAUAGUUCCUGAAGAUAAGAGUUCAUCUUCAAAAGCUGCGGAGAUUGAAGAAACAACUGAAUCAAGCCCCCAGGAAGAGGAAAAGAUCAUUAAUAUUUCCUCUAAAUCAUCUAAUAGUUCAAUCAAUGGAGAUCUCCAGAAAGGAUAUACUAGAGAACUAGACAAUGAAGAAAAUGUUGCUGAAUUCCUAAAGGCAUCCCCAUGCUUCAAAUCGGAUUUACACGGAGAAGACCAAAUAUUGUCUUCUCCAACAGUGUCACCCUCGCGCUCUCCAGUUAGCAGGGAAGUCCAAGAUUCUGACUCUAUAAUUGACAAAAUGGAGAGACCAAGUCCCAUAUCUGUUCUUGAGCCAUUAUUCACAGAUGAUGAUAUCAGUCCUGGAAGUAGUGUAUCCCGGCCAGUUCAAAAUGAAAUUGAACCGCGGCAUUUUCAUUUUGAAGAACAAUCAUCUUCUGCAAACGAUCAAGGAAUUUGUCUGAGAAUAUCCCUUGAGGAUGAGGAAUCUGCUUUUGAAUAUGUGGAAGCAGUAUUGCUGGGUUCUGGUUUGAACUGGGAUGAAUUUCUUUUGAGGUGGCUUUCUUUGGAUGAAAUCCUCGACUCAUCAUUAUUUGAUGAAGUUGAGUUAUUUUCUAGCCGACCCCGGCAUGAUCAGAAACUCCUCUUUGACUCUGCUAAUGAAGCUUUAAAGGAGGUUUGCGAAAGUUAUUUCGGAUGCUUUACUGGGAUAUCACAUGUUAACUGGAAUACCCGACCAGUCCCUAAAGGGAUGGAUCUUAUUCAGGAGAUAUGGAGACUAGUUGAAAUGCAUCUCUCUCAGUGUCAGCAGCCUCAUUCUCUGGACCAACUUGUCAAAAGAGACUUGGCAAGAUCUGGAAAAUGGAUGAAUCUCCAAUCAGAUAUUGAGCUUAUUGGUCUUGAAAUUGAGGAGACCAUUUUCAAUGAAUUGGUGGACACUGUACUGGACUUUGCAGGAGAUGCUUCAGAGUGUGAGUUUGGAGCACUUCAAGCUGAAUCCAAAGCCAUCGAGGAAACCAGCUUGUAAAUAACCAACUCGUCUCAAACUAAUUCUGUGUCAAUUCUCCUAGUUUUUAAAUUAGGAGAAAACAUGAUUACUUUCAUAGACCUGGGGAAGAUGAGAAAAAUCUCAGUAUCAUAUGUGACCUACCUGUUUUCGUGCUGAUGUCCCUGUUGACAUGAUUACUCUGGUUUAUCUGGAAGAUGAGAGACGUUUCUGCAACCAACUAAGUUUUUUGGGCCUCAUAUGCCUUUCACUUAGAGCUCUUGAUAAAGGUCAGAAACACCUACUUGCAACAUUACGACAUAGUUAGAAUUUCUUAGUACAGUCGAGUCUGUGUCGGAGGUUUUCAUGGUAGAAACUUACAAUAACAGAUCCUUGCCUCAAAAGCAUCCACAUGCACUCUCCAGAGAAGGCAUUAGAAUUUUCUGUGGUGCUAUAAACCCGUCUUUGAUUGCAGGUUCAGUGGAUCUAACCCCAAGAGACGAUCAAGCUUCUUGCUGUAUGAUCCUUAAAUAUUCAGGCUUUGGUGUGUUUAGUGUGUUGUAUUCAUACGCUUGGCAUUUUGUUUCAUUACUUGUUUGCACAUAGGUUUGGUUUGUAAAGAAAACUAGAUUCUUCUGCUGACUAGUCUCUGAUGUUCCCAUAUUGUAACUGAACAAUAAUGCGUGCAUUGCCAUGUAGCUGAUUUUAACAGUUGCCGUGCUUCUAUAUGAUUUUUCAGAAUAACCAGCCAAA